AUGAUUGAACUUGGCCUUGCCCGCAUAUCCCGCCUGGUGCCGGCCAGCUCGCUUGCCUGGAAGGCCAUUCACAUCGCCGGCACCAACGGCAAAGGAUCGAUAGCUGGCUAUCUGUCGUCGCUGCUGACCGCGGGCGGGCUUCGCUGCGGCUCGUUUACCUCGCCGCAUCUGGUCGACCGCUGGGACUGCAUCACCAUCAACGAGCGCGCGGUGCAGGAGUCGCUCUUCCGCCAUGUCGAGGAGCAGGUCAAGCAGCGGGACGCGAGCCUGGGAGUCGGCGCCACGGAGUUCGAGCUGCUGACGGCGACGGCCUUUGAGAUCUUUCGGCAGGAACAAGUCGACGUGGGCGUCGUCGAGGUCGGCAUGGGCGGCCGGCUGGACUCCACGAACAUCCUGCCCAGCGAGAGCGUGCUGGUCUCGGUGAUAGCCAACAUCGGGCUCGACCACCAGGCCAUCCUGGGCAGCACGCUGGCUGAGAUUGCUGCUGAGAAGGCCGGGAUCAUGAAACCCGGGGUGCCGUGUGUCGUCGACGGAACAAACGAGGAGCAAGUCAAGGGCGUGAUGCGGGAGCACGCGAGCAGGGCCAACACCACGGUCACCUUUGUCGAGCCGGACAGCAUCAUGGCUGCCCAUCCACAGCUCCGGCAGCGAUUCCACGACCUGGCAGCCCAGCCACAUCAACGGUCGAACAUCUCCUGUGCAGUUGCUGCCCUGGAACACGCCCUGCCACGGCUGCGGGCAAAUCUGAAGCCCACCGAUCUGCUCCCGUUUCUCCCUCUCAGCCCGCGUGCCGCCAGGUCUAUCACCAGCACCAGCACAACCACCCAGUUUGGACAUGACAUAUCCGAGGCUCUGCAGUGGGCACACCUCAUCGCCGCUGACAACCCUAUCGUCAUUGCUGGCAGCCUCUAUCUUGUCUCUGAUGUCCUGCGGCUGCUACGCCAGGCAACCGCUGCUGAAGAAGAUACAGCAGCGGACACAGCUGUGGCUCGCACCGCCGCCUAUGUAUAA